CAGAACCAGAACAAGGAGGCCAGCGGAGGUGCUUGCAGAGGGAUCGUCCACACCCGGGGGCUGCUCUCCGAGAGCAUGACCACUGGCCCACUUAUUCCCAUCAGCUUCUGAAGCUACAAAGUCCACAAGUGCAGAGAGCCAGGACCAAGGGACGUGCUGCUCAUCGGGUUGGACAAAUCACCAGCAAUGUGGUUCAUUGUGCUAUUUCCCCUGUUGUCAUGGGUUUAUGCUGAGCCUACCAUGUAUGGGGAGAUCCUGUCCCCGAACUAUCCUCAGACAUAUCCCAAUGAGCUAGAGAAAUCCUGGGAUAUAGAAGUUCCCGAGGGGUACGGGAUUCGCCUCUACUUCACCCAUCUGGAUCUAGAACUCUCAGAAAACUGUGCCUAUGACUACGUGCAGAUCACGUCAGCAGGCCACGUAGAAGGGAUUCUUUGUGGGCAGAGGACCAGCAAGGAUCCCGGCUCCCCCAUCGUGGAAGAGUUCCAAGUCCCGUACAAUAAACUCCAGGUGAUCUUCAAAUCAGAUUUCUCCAAUGAAGAGCAUUUCACUGGAUUUGCUGCCUACUAUGUGGCCGUAGACAUAAACGAGUGCACAGACUUUACAGACGCCCCUUGCAGUCAUUUUUGCAACAACUUUAUUGGCGGUUACUACUGCUCUUGCCCCCCGGAAUACUUCCUCCACGAUGACAUGAGAAGCUGUGGAGUCAAUUGCAGUGGGGAUGUGUUCACCACACUGAUGGGAGAGAUUGCCAGUCCCAAUUAUCCCAAUCCAUACCCAGAGAACUCAAGGUGUGAAUACCAGAUCUUACUGGAGGAAGGCUACCAAGUGGUGGUAACUCUGCGGCGGGAAGAUUUUGAUGUGGAAUCUAUGGAUUCGGAGGGGAACUGCCCGGACAGUUUAAGUUUUGUUGCAAGAGAUCAGCAAUUCGGCCCUUACUGUGGGAACGGGUUCCCUGGGCCAUUAAGUAUUGAAACCAGGACGAAUGUUCUUGACGUCAUCUUCCAAACUGACCAAGAAGUGCAGAGAAAGGGCUGGAAACUUCGUUACCAUGGAGAUCCAAUCCCAUGCCCGAAAGAAAUCCUUGCUAAUUCUGUGUGGGAGCCUGCGAAGGCAAAAUACGUGUUUAAAGAUGUGGUGAAGAUAAGCUGCCUGGAUGGGUUUGAAGUGGUGCAGGGAAAUAUUGGCUCAACCUCCUUCUAUUCUACUUGUCAAAGCAAUGGAAAGUGGAGUCAUUCCAAACUGAAAUGUCAACCUGUGGACUGUGGUGUUCCUGAAGCCAUUCAGCACGGGAAAGCCGAAGAUCCAGGAGCCACUCUAUUUGGUUCUGUCACGCGCUAUACUUGUGAGCAGCCAUAUUACACCAUGGACAACGACGGAAGUGGGGAGUACCGCUGUUCCAGCAACGGGAGCUGGGUGAAUGAUGUGCUGGGCGUGACGCUGCCGAAAUGUGUUCCAGUCUGCGGAGUGCCCACUAAGACCUUUGCAGGAAAACAGAGGAUCUUUGGAGGAGUCCGUGCAGAGAUUCAAAAUUUCCCCUGGCAAGUUUUCUUCGCGAGUCCACGGGCUGGUGGGGCUCUCAUUGAUGAGUACUGGGUGCUGACAGCGGCCCAUGUUGUGGAGGAAAAUCAGGACCCCAAAAUGUAUGUUGGUUCCACCUCAGUGCGCACCGCACAUCUGGAAGAUGCCCAGAUGCUCACUGCGGAGCAAGUGAUUAUUCAUCCUGGUUGGGAAUUCCUGGAUGUACCAGAAGCCCGGAAGAAUUAUGACCAUGACAUUGCCCUCGUGAGACUGAAAGACCCAGUGAAAAUGGGACCCACUGUGUCCCCCAUCUGCCUGCCAGGCACAACCCCAGAAUAUAGCCCCACAGUGGGAGAUUUGGGGCUAAUCUCAGGUUGGGGCAGAACAGAGACAAAAGACCAUGUUGCCUACAUCCAUGGGGCAAAGUUACCCAUCGCUCCUUUACACAAUUGCAAGGGGAUGCGGGUGGAAGAUAUGCGGACCUAUGUUUUCACUGAUAACAUGAUCUGUGCUGGGGGUGAGAAGGGCGUUGAUAGCUGUAAAGGGGACAGUGGGGGGGCCUUUGUUAUACAAGACCCCAAUGAAGGGACCCCCAAAUUUUAUGUAGCUGGCCUGGUGUCCUGGGGCCCCAAGCAGUGUGGGGUUUAUGGGCUCUACACCAAAGUGAAGAACUAUCUUGGUUGGAUAAAGAAGACUAUGCAGGAAAACAGUACCCCCAGUGCAGAUUAAUCCGGACCUUCACGGCCAGCCUUUUCAAGGGGCAACACGGGUCUCCCGGAUUGGUAUGACCAAUCCAUUGCUUUUCGUUCCUCCUGAUAUUCUUACUUACUACUACUGUGACCGAGAGAAGCCAUAGGAGUAUGAUUUAACUAGAACUUGUCAGGACACCUGAAGGGAGAACUUGAUCAUGCAUUGGCCGGGUCGUUCAGUUGUGCUCUGAAUCUGGGGUGUCCCGCCCCCUCCCCCCCCACCGGCCCUCAGUGCCUGCUAUAGAUAAUAACAACACUGGGAGGGCACUCCUAUUUUGCAUUUUUAGUAGGGAGUUCCCUCUCCUGAUGACUCUGAAAUGUUACUGUUGGAGCAUCCUUGGUGGCUUCUCUUUCGUAUCUCUGCAAUCCUGUUUAUCAUUCUGAGUUGCAAUAAAGCAUGCUUAUAGUUC